AUGGCUCCGCGCUAUAAAAAAGCAUGGAUAGUCUAUGUUUACUCCAAGCAUUGCACAUAUGCAAACACACGCAUAUCUCCCCAUUCUUUACCUGCAAAUAUGGCAGUUCCUACUACGAACGGAAAAUUAUGCCCUCCACCAUCUCCUUACAGCAUUAUAAGCAAGGUUAUCCAGUUCGAUAACCUAGAUCAAGCGUCUUGGUGGCACGAUCUGGUACCGCUGGUUGAAAGAGUCUUGCAGCAGUCGAACUAUAGCACGGAGAUGCAAUUUCAAUAUUUACUGCUUUUUUCUCAGGUGAUUAUUCCUUCAUUGGGACCAUACACCUCUGCCAACAGAACCUGGAGAAGUACUCUCACGCGUAGCGGCGUUCCUGUGGAGCUGAGCGUCAACUAUAAGAAGGGGGGUGAAUCAACCGUUCGGAUUACCGUGGAGCCCUGUUCUUAUCUAUCUGGCAUGCCGAUCGACCCAUUCAACCAGAUUCCAACAAGGGAAAUGAUGGCAAAGAUCGCAAAGUAUGACUUCUGCAACUUUGACACCGAACUAUGGGAUUACUUCUCGGACCGUCUUACAACCAGCAAGACUGAACGUGAUCUCAUUAGUGAGAACAAUAUAGAUGUGGGCGUCUUCAAGACACAACUUCUUCCCGGUUUUGACUUUUCUGAUGACGGAGAAAUAUCGGUGAAGGGCUACGUAUUUCCACGUGUGAAAGCCACGGCCAACGGCAUCCCCGUUGAUACUUUGGUUUUCGAGGGCCUACGUGAUUUUGAAAAGAAGAAUGACUGCUCAGCGCCCCUGGCGCUAUUGAGAGAAUACCUCCAAACUCUCAGCACAGAAUCCAACAUUGGAUUCCUCGCGUGGGAUUGCGUUGCGCCAUCCAAGUCUCGGCUUAAGAUAUACAUUGGCAACGCAGAUGUAACCAUGAACAACAUCGAGGAUCUUUUCACACUCGGUGGGCGUCUGAUGGAUCCCACUACCCUCAAAGGCCUUGAACUUCUCCGUCAGCUUUGGAAAGCCGUGAGAGUCAAGGAAGGGACCCGAGACAUGGUGCCGUACUUCGAUGACCCAUUACAGAUCCCUUCUCAGGGCCAAAGAUCUCCACUCUUGAUGAAUUACGAGAUGAUGCCUGGUCAUCCAUACCCCAUUGGAAAAUUCUACCUUCCAACCCAUGGUGAAAAUAACCUUCAAGUUGCCAAGGGUUUGAGUGAGUUUUUCGCCUAUGUUGGAUGGACGGAACUUGCAGAGACGUACAUUGACCGGCUGCAAGCAAUGUAUGAGAAACAUGGUGUCGUAGCCGCUGCUGGCGUUCGUAUUAGAACAUUAACAGACUUCAUGGGUUUCUUUAACUUUGUGCAAGCCUCUUAA